AACACAAAAUUGGAUGGUCAGUCAGUACAAGUACGUUGUUUAGUACUCAAGAAAUUAGGGACCAUCGAAAAUCGUAUAUUUGUUAGCGUAAUUCACUGUGCCGUUCUGCCAAACGUUUUUGUUUGUGUCUUUUGACAUUGGAUUAACUUUUAUGUGUUUUUGAAACUUAGUUAAAUUUUGUGAAAUCUGUAUCUGAUUUUGUGAGCUCCGACAAAAUGGCUCCGAACACUAAUAUGCCUACUGGUGUCCUUCAUGAACACGACGAUGAGGUCCAAGCUCAAAUAAUUCCUCCAGAAAUUUCCAAGCCCAGUGAUAGGAAACUGGAAUUGGUUUGGAGAAAUAUAAUACUCUUUGUGUAUCUUCAUCUAGUUGCACUUUAUGGGGUUUACAUUAUGUUAACAUCUGCCAAACUUAUAACGUCUGCAGUUGGUAUAUUCCUAUAUAUUUGCGGUGGACUUGGAAUUACAGCAGGAGCGCAUAGAUUAUGGGCUCACCGUUCGUAUAAAGCAAAAUGGCCUCUAAAAAUUAUUCUUACCACUUUCAACACCUUAGCAUUUGAGAACUCGGUGAUUGAAUGGUCAAGAGACCACAGAGUCCACCACAAAUUUAGUGAAACAGAUGCUGAUCCCCACAAUGCUAAAAGAGGUUUCUUCUUCUCUCACGUUGGUUGGUUACUUUGCCGCAAACAUCCAGAGGUCAAAAGUAAAGGAAAGGGUAUUGAUAUGACUGACUUAGAACAAGAUCCCAUCUUAGCUUUCCAAGACAAAUACUACUUGUAUCUAAUGCCUUUGGUUUGUUUUGUCAUUCCAACUUUGGUUCCUAUGUAUUGCUGGAAUGAAACAUUUCUCAACUCAUUCUGCGUGAACAUAUUUAGGUAUGUUUUUACCUUAAACGCUACUUGGUUGGUCAACUCAGCUGCACAUCUUUAUGGACAGAAACCAUAUGACAGAUACAUCAAUCCCGCUGAAAACAUCUCAGUUUCUGUCUUUGCCCUUGGUGAAGGCUGGCACAACUAUCAUCAUACCUUCCCUUGGGACUACAAAACGUCAGAGCUUGGAAAAUAUAGUACAAACUUUUCCGCUCUCUUCAUUGACUUUUUUGCCAAAAUAGGCUGGGCCUAUGAUCUUAAAACUGUCUCUGAAGAAAUGAUCAAAAAACGGGUACUCAGAACAGGAGAUGGUAGCCACGAAAUAUGGGGAUGGGGAGACAAGGACCAACCUAAAGAAGACUAUCAAGAUGCUAUUAUUACCUAUAAAAAGGAUUGAAUUUAAAAAAAGUGAUCUAGUGAAAAAUUAGUAGUCGUGGACUUUAAAACAUUGGUAUUUAGUCACUAAUGAUUAAGAAAUUGUUUAAAAAGUAACAAGGAAAAAGACAGGUUUAUAGAUUAUAAAAAUCAAACAUGACUUAGUGAAACAGAAUUUUGGAUGUGAGGGUGUAUCAUUCAUUAUCAAUAUUUAUAGUUUGUAUGACUAUUUCUGGUAUGUAACGGCAAACUAAUAACAGUUAACAUCAUUCUUUCUCAUAGAGCCAACAAUUUAUUUAUAAUUAAACCAAAGUAGGUAUGACACAAGAAUCUCUCAGGAAUUUUUUCCAUCUCAGGAAUAAUAAUAGUUCAGUGUACCAUAAUCAACUAGUGACAGUGGCUAAACCAAUGUUUCGACUACUAAAUAAAAUAAAACUGUACAUAUGUGUAAAACUUAAUUUAUCUACCUACAAGAGACUGAUAUCAAAUUUAACGUAACUUUCCACAUACAGGUUUGUGACGAUGACGGACCUAUUCGUUUAUUAACCUUCAUUUUUUUGUUGGAAAAUAGUAAUUAUUUUAUUGGGAUAAAAAAAUGAUAAUUUUGUAAUGAGUCUGUAAUAUAUAAAUAACAGACUAGUCACAAAAAGUUCCUUUUACUCCGAAUAAACCAUGUUUUCUUCAAACGUCAAAUAUGAAAAAAUUUUAAAAACAUGGAAGUUCACCAUUAUCAGAAGCUGAAAUAUAUUGUUUAAAGAGCAAAAAAUGGUUAUCAUGGGAAAUGUGUAUUCCAUGGGAUUUGAACACUAUAGUUUUCUACGGCUAUAACCCGCUGUUAUUCAUUUUUAUUUAGUUUUUAUUAAUUUUUAAUUAGUUUUUAUUAAUCAUAGUUGUGGGAAAUGAGCAUUCCGUGGGAGUUACUUAUACUAUUUAGUUAUACAACUUAAAAGCUGUCAAAAAUGAAGUGGUAAUAAAAAUAAAACAAUGUAAUUGAUUUGUAACUAUACUAAUAAAUGUUAACAAAUGAAAAACUUACAUUUUAGAAUACAACAAAUUAUUCUGUAGGUUUCUCAUAUUUUUCUUAAGAUAUUUAUGGAAUUAGAUUUACAGAUGCAUAGUUUGCAGCUAAGUUUAAUAACGUAGAAUCUAAUACUAAGUUGCUUUCAAAUGUGACAAAUAAAAUAUAAAAUGACAGAAUUAUACAGUGACUAAUUGUGUAGAUCUGAUACGGAAAUGAUUACAUUGCGUUAUCAAAAUUAUUACAUUUCUUAAUCAAAAAUAGUUAAGUUAGUGUAGUUUUGUAUUAUAUGCGUAGAAAAAAUUACUUUUUGUGAAAAAAGUACAUUUUUAUCAUCAUCAAAUUGGUGUUCUGGCGUUUGAAGAAAAAAGGUUCUUUUAACUAUUUAAUUGCAAUGGUCUUUGAAAAUAUGCAUUUCAUUAUAUUUAAGUAAAAUUGAAAAUAUGAUCUUUCAUGUAUUGUUUUUAUAUCUUCUAAGAAAAAUACAUUUUAGGCAUGAAUAUUGAACUGCGUCAUCUUACCAGAUAGGUACUAUCAAUGAUUAUGAUUAUUUUUUAACCAUAGGCGUGCGAUUGUAAAUUCAAAUUAAAAAUAAAGUUAAAUGUACUUGUCAGUAAUGUGUACUUUUUUGUGGAUGACACUGAAUGACAAAUCGGUUUUACCAAACUAUUUUUUUAUUAAUUGCCAACCGUUAAAAAAAAUCACAAUCAUUUACAGUCAUGUAGCGAUACAUGAACAUUUUUGCUCCAUACGAUGUAGUAAAAUCUUAAUUUUGAAAUGAUGGUAAUUUGACUCUAACCUGCAAAAAAAAAUUAGGCAUCUUUGGAUGUGAAUAUUCAAUAACUUCAUCAAAACGAGAAAAACGUUUGUUCCUAAAGUAGGCCUUGGAAAAAAUCACGCAUAUCGGAGAUUACAAAUCUUCUUUUUUAAAUUACAGUUUGGAAUUUAUUAUCACGGGCUGUAUUGGUCGGACAUGGCCUACUUUAUGAACAUUACUAUUACUUAUUUAUGUGACAUAGUGUAUUAUAGUCAGAGAUAUCAGCUCAGAAAUAUUUGAAUUGAAAACGAUCUCAAAAUAAAUAAUAUAAAAUCAGACUUUUAAAUUUUUUAAUACAUACUUUACAUUUGAACCAAAAGUAAUUUUUGAUGAACGAUAUUAAAAUACUUCUGAGCAAAAAAUUAUAAUAAAUGUAUAUGUACUCUACUUAAUUCUUAAUUUUGUGGCUGUAAACAGAUUUAAUAUAGUUUUAUAUUUCGUACCAAAUUUACUUACUAUACAAUAGUAAGUAUAAAAAAUUAACCAGUGAAACUUCAAAAUGAAUGAAUCUUUAUUGAUCUAAAAAGUGAUUUAAUUUAGUUAGAAUUAGUUUUAUAUUGUACAUUGUUUCACAAAUUCCUGCUGAAAUUGGUUACUGUAAUAUUCAGCAUUUGCCAAAUUUGGAUGAAAUCUGUGAAAUACGUUAGUGGUAUUACUUGUUGGAUUUUAUUUAUUUAUACAUUAAUUGACUAAUUGGUGGUUAAGUAAUGUUAGAUAUUUUCAUUAUUUGUAUUUUGGCGAUAAAUAAAUUUGUUUUUUAUUCGUU